AGUACUUUCAGUAUUUUUGUACAUGAAACAAAGUUUUGACUGUUUUGACUGUUACCUAUCACAUGUCAGGUAUGGAAUUUUUCCCUUAUGGCAUCAUGUCAGUGCUUAAAAAAUUACAGAUUUUGCCGCAUUUCAGACUUCAGAUUUUUGGAUCAGGAAUGCUUAACUAAAUUUUGAAUGCAUAACUUUCACUAUGCUAAGUGCUUUACGUGUAUCAUUGAUCAACAACCAUAUGAGAUGGAUAUUAUUGCCAGGAAACAGAAGCCUGAAGAAGUGAAGCAACGUAUUCACUAAGAGCACAGAACUAAUUUGAGAGGGAAGAUCUGAUCUCCUGGAAUUAGAGUUGGUACAGAAACCAUUUCAGCUCAAAAAAUGUUGGAGGAAGAUAUGGAAGUUGCCAUAAAGAUGGUGGUUGUAGGGAAUGGAGCAGUUGGAAAAUCAAGUAUGAUUCAGCGAUAUUGCAAAGGCAUUUUUACAAAAGACUACAAGAAAACCAUUGGAGUUGAUUUUUUGGAGCGACAAAUUCAAGUUAAUGAUGAAGAUGUCAGACUAAUGUUAUGGGACACUGCAGGUCAGGAGGAAUUUGAUGCAAUUACAAAGGCCUACUAUCGAGGAGCCCAGGCUUGUGUGCUCGUGUUCUCUACCACAGAUAGGGAAUCUUUCGAAGCAGUUUCCAGCUGGAGAGAGAAAGUAGUAGCCGAAGUGGGAGAUAUACCAACUGUACUUGUGCAAAACAAGAUCGAUCUCCUGGAUGAUUCUUGUAUAAAGAAUGAGGAAGCUGAGGCACUGGCAAAAAGGUUAAAGUUAAGAUUCUACAGAACAUCAGUGAAAGAAGAUCUAAAUGUGAAUGAAGUUUUUAAGUAUUUGGCUGAAAAAUACCUUCAGAAACUCAAACAACAAAUAGCUGAGGAUCCAGAACUAACGCAUUCAAGUAGUAACAAAAUUGGUGUCUUUAAUACAUCUGGUGGAAGUCACUCGGGUCAGAAUUCAAGUACCCUCAAUGGUGGAGAUGUCAUCAAUCUUAGACCCAACAAACAAAGGACCAAGAAAAACAGAAAUCCUUUUAGCAGCUGUAGCAUACCCUAAGAUGUUUUGGGAGGAAAACAAUUGAAUUACAUUGUGCAAUUCAUUAAGAAACCCAUCCAGCCGUCAUGCUAUGUUACAAGGUUUUCAGCAGACUUUGCACCUAAUGGCUGUCUGAAAGUGACAGACUUAAAUAUUGCUCUGCAGUGCUUUUCAGAAUGUAGAGUGAGACCUCUGGUGGAAAAAUUAUUGCCCUGUGGACUCCUUUAAUUUUUGUUACAUUAGACGAAGCUUCUCCUGUUUUUAAAGGAAUGCUAUAAGAAAUUUCAAACACAGGUUUUGCUGAAUUUUAAAUGCUGGAAAACAAAUGAAAUGCCUAAAUAUAUUGUUACAGAUUUUAAUACUGUGGAUCAAGGAAAGAUAGCAAGCAUUCUUUUCCUGAAAUUGGUCAUGUAGCUUCUCUGCGAAAUAGUAUUGAAUCUGAAUACUGAAAGGUAAACCCUAAAUCUUGCCAGACUGCUUUGGCAUUGAAACUUGUGCAAUAUCUGUGUAAUGUAGAAUGUGGGGUGUGCAUGCAGAUGUCUGGUACUGGAGUAAGCUGAAGGUAUGUGCAGUAUUUAAGAAAAUGUACAUUCUAAUUAAUUCACUUAUAAAACCAUUUACAUAUUGUGUACAUGUUUUUGUUUUCAAAUGAGAAACUCAACAUAUAUUCUGCAAAAUGAGCUUGGGUUUAAAAAGUGCUUUGUGCCAAAAAUAUCAUACCUAAUUUUUAUAGUGCUUUACUAUCAGAAUUUAUAUUGUUUAUUAUAUCUUUUAAAAGCAGUAAGCAGUUUUCAUCUGACAGCGUAGAUAAAAGAGGAGUAUAGGAAUUUGAAUGCUAGAGCAUCUCCCAGGUGAGCCUUAUUGCAAAUCUUUUUGAUAUAGUCACCCAUAAGCAUAGUGAGCUCCUGCUGUUAUAAGGUCAGCCAAAGCCCCUUAAGAAGGUACACAGCACAUCUGCAAUCAUUCAGGAGGUCCUGUGAAGUGUGGUGAUGCAUCUAACACCUUUUGCUGCUCACUGAGAACCCAGCUUUGAACUUACAAGAUUAUACUAACCAUUUUUAAAGUGCACAAAAAUAUUAUUAUUAGUCUUAACUAAAAUUACAGAUUUUAUAAUGCCCUGCAACUCUAAACCAUCCUUUUGUUUACACAUUUUUGUAUGGUAUUUUAAGAUUAUCACUUCAACAUUUCUAUAACCUUCAGUUUGUAUAGCACUUUCUCAAGAGCUGUCAGUCCCACAUACAAAAUCAUUUCUUUUACAAAAUGAUUUAAUAUGUAAUCGUGUCAGAACAUAAAUUUUGUCACUUGGGACAGUAGCUUUCCAGCUAAGAUAAUUGCAUGAACUCUGUUAAAACUGAUUAUCACUCAUCAAUGGCUUUAUUUUUAACCUAUAAAUAACCGCUUUCAAUAUACCUGGUUUUUACAGCAUUGCAAAAUCUGUAAAAAUAACUUUUAUUGGAAAAUGUGUCAUGAAGUCUUUUCAUUAUUUGUACUAAACAAUGUUUUACAUACUCCUUUCGUGUUUUACCUUUUGUUUUUUAAGUCUUCCAUCUGUACUCCCCUCAUCCUCCUAAUGUUGAGAAAAUCAAAUUUCCUGGGUGUGUCCUUGUUAAGUGAUCAAAAGUAAAUGUUCUCUUUGCCAUUUUAGAUUGAAAAAUAAUAAAAAAAAUUAAAAAGAGUAAAUUUUUGCUUUUCAUUAUAUUGAAAUGAUCUGGCAUUAUCUAUUUCACAGUAAUGUAAAAUGUUUAUUUUUAUGUCACCAGUUGUCACCACUCCCAUUGCUGAUAGCGACAUAGGUUUUGGGGGCAAAACUCAGUUCCUAACAGUGGAUACUGCUAAUGAGUCAUCUUUUCUACUCUCUUCAAAUAGUCUAAUUUUUGCACAAAAUAAUAUUUUGCAGCAAAUAGUCUUUUGUCUUUAUUGGCAGAAAAAUCACUUGUUAUAUGUGUUCUAGUUCUUUUUCAUAUUAGUUGUGUGGCUAAAAGCGUGUUACCUUUCUAUAUUAAAAAAAAGUAAUCUCUGAGGAUAGUUGCAGUUCCUGUAAUAUAAUUUUAUGUACUUAGUUUUAUCUUUUUUAAAUAAGAACUGAAGAGAGAUCUUUGUUACAUAUUUGAAUUUUUAAUUUGCACUGCUGUAUUUUAAACCUAACCAUAAUUAGUCAUUUAAAAUAAUAAUUAAGUAGGCCUGAAAGCCAUGUUAAUUUCUUAAUUUAAUCAAUUCUUAAAGCCUUCAAAAAUUGACAUUUUUUUCCCUCUAAGACCCUUCAUUCUCUUAAAUAACUUUAAUUUUAUGAAACCAUGUAUACUAAAGAAAAACUUUUCCAAGAUUCCAGGUGAUUGUGCAUUUGUGCUCUACUUUUUUAACAUUACAGCUAAUCUUUUGCAUAGACAUAUCGCUGUGGAAUAAUUGCCAUAUUUCAGAGUUCCUCAGGUUUCCUUUUCCUUUUCCAGUCUCUGUCUAUGAAUUAAAUAAAUAGUAUACAGAAUAACCCAUAUAAGGCAAUAUAGUUAAAUAAAACCAGGUUAAAUGAUUUCCUUUGUAUCUGCCCAAAGUUGAUGAUAACACACAUGUACUUUUUCAAAAUAAAGCUAAAACUACCACAAAGAGGAUAAAAACUUUCCUCAUUAUGGAGUGAAGUUUUAGGUGGUUGCUUUAGAAGUUGGCAGUGCAGCGCUCAGAAAGAACUCUCAAUAACAUGUACUCCUUGGAGUUUUAGGAAACUGGACCUUUUCUGAAGACCUUAGAAUAGGGAAUUGGCCGUAGGACCUAAUGUCCCAACUUAGUGUUGGACCCUUUUAAUAUAAGAUACUGUUAAUUAUACUUUUCAAAACCUUUGAAAUAAAUAGUUACUGGUAACCUGAUAAAAUGUUCCCAUUAAUCUAUCAUUAGUCUCUCUGAAAACAAAAUGAACUGAUGAUGAGGUGAAAGCUUGUUCCACAUGGCACCUACCUAAUGAACAGGACUUAGUUUUAACUGUUAAGAAUGUCACGUGUACUUUUGUCACUCCUUAGGUUUUCAGCUAUAAAACACGUAAGUCUAUCAUCAUACAGAUGAAUUUAUUUGCUAACAAAAUAUUUAAAACCCGCAAUAGACUCUGAAAUAUCCAGUCAUCAAACUCCUGGCUAACUGGAUGAUUUGGCUAUAAUAAUCUUUAUUAGGUAGUGCUUCUUUUCAUCUCUCUCUCGAAAUAUCUACAGUAGGAUGUUAGUAAAUGGUCUUUUAAAAACAAAAAAUUGGGGAUAAAAGGAAAACAAUUCCUUCUGUAUUUUUAUUACUAAUAAAUAAUGCUUUUGUAAAUUUGAAUGGAAAACCACUUGUAUGUAUUGCCAUUUGGUUGCAGUUAUACUCUGGAGCUUAAUUUAAAACACUACUCAAUAAAAAUUUCAUGAAGGAUGAAUUCCAAUAAUCAAAAAAUAAAUGCAUUUCAAAGCUAAAA